AAAGGCGUCUGGUGAAACUGUCAUAAAGUAAUGAAGUAAUUAUAAUAUUUUCGUUCAAAACAUAAUAUUAUGAAAAAAAGAGUACAUUUUGACGAGUUUUAUAGUUAUUAGCAGCAAUACGUGUUCUAAUAACAUGUUUUUUAAUCGGUAUUUUUGUUUCUGAAGUGAUUUGAUCAAGGAAGAAAGUGUAGUGACCAUGGCCGAGUCAAAAUUGUUUUUGAACGACCCCAAUUUGAUGACCGACCUAAAUUCAACUGUUCCAAGUCUAGGAGAAAAUUUGUUCCCCUCGGAUAGCGAACAUUUACAAAUGUUAGAUAGUUAUUUAAAUGCGGAUGCUACUGCUUCUGAUCCUGUAUCAGAUGAUCUCUCUGUAAACUCUCUGAACCAAAAUGAAAGUGGUCAUCAGAAGGACAUUAAUAAGGAUGGUUGCUACUCGAAUACCAGUGAAGAGCAGCACGUCGAAAGCCCUACGGCAACUGGCGAAGCGUUUGCUUUUAAAUGCAUUUAUUGUGACCGUAAUUUAGGACCUAACGAUAAUCCUAAGCUUUUGGAGUGUCUACACAAUGCCUGUGCUAGUUGUAUUAAUAAUAAGUUCUUUGAAAAUAAUGAAUCUUCUGGUUCUGCUACUCAUCAAGUAACUUGCCCAGUAUGUAAUAUAAAUUGUGAUGCGAGCCAUAUAAUAGAGAAUCAGUUUUUGAUUGAGCAGUUGAAUGCUGAAGAUGGUGGCUCUAAUAAUGCUGUAUCUAAAAACGACUUAAAAUGCAGUAGCUGCAGUGAUGAAGCAGCCGCUUCAAGUUAUUGUGCAGAUUGUUCUGAAUUUAUAUGUGACAACUGUGUUCAGGCUCAUCAAAGAUUAAAAAUAACAAAAGACCAUACAAUUAAAUCAAAAGAAGAGGGUUUGAACGAGCUGAACUCUGUAUCAAAUGGCGGCACAACAAACUUAUAUUGUGUAAAUCACCCACAUGAGAAGUUGUCUCUUUUUUGUGAGACAUGUGAUAAACUAACUUGCAGAGAUUGCCAAUUAAUCGAACAUAGAGAACAUAAAUACAAAUUUACUCAUGAGAUUGCUUCAGAAGCAAAGAAGUAUAUUGCAGAUAUGCUUAAAGAUGUAGGAUACAAAAGAGCACUUUUGACUAGUGCAAUGAAGGUUAUUGACGACAGACAAAAUUUAAUUACAGAAAAGAAACAAGCAUUGGUGAAAGAAAUCACUCAACUUGUAGUAAAGUUAACUCAGACAAUUAGUACUCGUGGUAAACAGUUAGUUGGAAAACUAACUGAAGUGUGUGACUCAAAACAAAAAACUCUUCAAGAAAAGAAACUAGCACUAGAACAACUCUCCAAAAUGACUGAUCAUUGUAUAGAAUUUACACAAUACGCGCUGGACAAUGGUAGUGAUAAUGCUUUGCUGUAUAGCAAAAAGCAGGUUACUGAACAUUUGAAAAGGAUCAAAUGUAAGAGGGCCGACAUUCCUAAUCCUGAGAUACCUGUAAGAAUUCAUUUGGCAUUAGAUAAAGUACCGGAAUUGGUUAGAGUAAUGCAGACAAUUGGUCAAAUCGUGGUUGAUGGCCGAGUAUAUCCAUCUCAAACAGCAUCUCCUGGGGCAGCUCCUUACCCCCCAAAUCAGUCUCCCAGCCCUGGGCAGAUGCGACCACCUCAACAACAAUCACCCAUUAGUCCACUAUUGCAACAACCUGCUUCCUCAGGAUUUCCACAAAGUCAACAACAGCAACAACAGAUGGGAAUGAGAUUAGGGAAUCCUCCACCCUACUCUCAAUAUCAAAAUAACAACCACAAUCAACAAUUCUCUCAACAAUCCAACAUGUCUCAUCUUGGACAGUCUCUAGGUCAUAACGCUAUGUCCCAGCAAUUUGGACAACCAAAUCAAAGUUUGUCAAACAGGAUGUCAAAUAUGGGUAUCCCUCCGCUUAAUUUACCGAAAAAUAUUCCGUUAACUUUGGCUCAACAGAUAAAUAUUAACAGAAUGCAAAGGCCCACAAUGCAAAGAGCUUUGAUGCCUAGAAUUGGUAGUUCUAUGGGUAUGAACCAGCAACAACAACAGGUUUCUUCUUCCACUCAUCCCCAUGGUAUGAUGCAAGACAGGAGCAAUCUUCGUCACUUGCUUCAACCAAAUAAUAACAGCCCUAUUUACAUUCAAACUGGUCCAUCUCAGUACCAGGCUAUACAGCCCCAUCAGUUCCAUAACCGCUUUCCCGGAAACCAGUCCAUUCGGUUUGGUGCUCAGCAACAACAACAACAGCAGCAGCAGCAGCAACAACAACAGCAAGUAAGAAUGUUGAUGAACAGCCAGCAAAAUUCUAAUAGGAUGAUUAUGCCUCAACAAAGACCACAAUCGCAAUAUUCGUCAAUGUCUGGUGGUGCCAAAUGGCAUACGCCACAACAAAGUAUAAAUGGCGCUGGUGGUUCGAGUUCAAACAGAUCUUUAUCCACAAUGCCGACUAUCAACGACAAUUUCAAAAUUACCCUGAGACACCAGCCGGAACAAAACAAGAACACGCCGGCAACGGUAACCUCUACCAUACCCAAAACUCCGAGUCCCAAUCAUAUCCAAGGUCAUCAGGAGACUGAGAGGAGUUUGGAUAAGUUCUGCGAAGAGUCUGUCAAGGAUUUGAUGGCAACUAUAGCUAAAUUGGAUUCUAAUGGGGUACAAGUCUUGGCUGAAGGAAGACAAAAAGGUGGAUCUCCUCACGUAGACAGCUCAACUGGUGAUACUCAGCCAGCCCAUAAGAUCAAAUCUGAGCUUAUGGAUACUAGCAAAGAUGAUCCUAACGAAGAUUGGUGCGCUGUUUGUAUGGAUGGUGGGGAGCUGGUAUGCUGCGAUAAGUGCCCUAAAGUAUUCCAUCAGUAUUGCCAUAUACCUAACCUUAGCGUUGAGGAAAACGAUACCUGGCAAUGUUUGCUAUGUAUGAACUUCGCCGACAUACCACAGAACAUUUUGAGUGAGAAGAAAGAAGGAGAAUUGAGUCUCAAAGAGAGAAAAAUAGCUGAACGCCUCGUGUUAGAAUUGUACUGCCAAUAUGAACAUAGUUUGCAUUUUAGAGAAAUAAUUACAACCGAUAAUGUGGAAUACCAUCAGAUUAUCAAGAAUCCAAUUGCUUUGGAUGUUAUUAGACAGAAACUGAAUUGGAACAAUGAAAAUCACUACAAGAACAUAGAAUCUUUGAUACGAGACGUGCGUUUGAUGUUUAAGAAUGCCUAUACCUAUAAUCCUGAGGAUUCUCAAGUUUAUAUCGACGGCAAGUCUUUGGAGAAGUUCUUUGACGAGCAAUUGGAAAAAUUCCUGCCAGAAUAUGCCUAUCAGACAUUCUCCGAUGAGGAUGACAUCCAACCUCCUAGCAAGAAGUAUCGGCGGAUAAUAACCGACUGACAAAUAGUCCACGGGGCAAAUAACACGGUUUAUUUCUCCCUGUAACGAUUAUUCUGGCGAAAAGAAUAAUUGGAAAUGAAAAACUUCAAUGCUUUUGUUCAAAAAAUACAAAAAUUCCAAGUUUCGGUUGCAGAAAGUGGACAGCAACCUAGUGGUUUUUAUGGGUGCUUUAUGGUCUGGUUUAUAAUAUAUCUGUUAUUAAUCUUAAUACUUUAAUAGUUCAACUCUAUACAGGGGCCUCCAACAGUGCGUCGGGCAUCUCUAGCACUGAAUUAUCUGACCAUAUACUAGUCCUGGUCACUUUAUUUCCGUGGUCUGUACUUUAAUGCAUACGACAGAGAUAAAUAUAUAUAUAUACGACCAGUUGACAGAUAGAGAGACAAAAUAAAAAGCGGCAUACAGUGUUGCCGGUUCUUACCACAAAUUAAAAUAAUAAACAAAGAUAAUAUAUCUAAGUUAUACAAUAAUGCUCAUUUCUGUUAGUUGUUUAAGAAUCUAUUACAGCUGUAGUAAAGUGACCAAAACAAACUAAUUGUGAAAAAUAAAGUUCCAAUCCUAGAUGCAACACUUUUCGUAAAUACCUACUUGUGCGGUUUGAAAUGUUGAUGCGAAAUCCGGCAAUACUGCAUAGGAAAUGUGUUAACCUAACUUUUAUCUCUUUAAUACAUUUCAUUUUUCAUUUAAGCUGCCUACAUCACUGUCUUACCGUUAAAAUGCCGACCACGCAGUUUCGAGGCGAUUUUUUGAGGACCAAAAUUUAAGCUUUAGUUUAUUUGUAAUACGUUUUUUAGACGUAUAAUUUGAUGCAGCUCGUCAAAUUUUGAUUAGUUGAUGGUAAAUAUCAGGGAUGAACGUAUAAAAGAUUGCAGCGUAAAAAACUUUGUUUAGGUAUAAAAACAUUUAAUGAAAAACUAAAAAACUAAUUUUUCGAAUUAGUAAAGCUUCUUUAAAAUCUUUUUUUUUUCUAUUGUGACAGUUUCUAUUUGACAAGUAGCCCACAGUCUUGUCGAGGUUAAGAUUAAGGUUAAUAUCUGAUGCAUUAACCAGACUUUUUACACUGCUUCAGUAAACUUAUGCAAUAUGCAAGUUACUGGUUUCCAUAGCCUCUAUUUUUAUAUAUUGUAAUUCCACACUACAUUUAUAUAGGCACACCAUUUAAGUUAAAAAUGCUUUGAUGCUGUAAAUAAAAUAGCGUUCGUUUUAGUCUUAAAGAAAAUUUUAGAUACACAUAUAUCUAUAUUUUAGAUAUCAAAAUUUUCUUAAGCAUAGAAAUAUAAUUUUGCUUUGAUGCUGUAAAUAAAGUAACUUCAAGUCAUUUUGAUGUUAAAAUUAAUUUAAUAUAUAUUAAAUAUUAAUAUAAAAAUUUUCUCAUGCAUGAAAACAUUAUUUGUAAAUAAUUUUGCUUUUGAGACGUUUUCUGUAAUAUAAAUCGGUAACAUGAGUUUCCUAUGAUGUGAAUUCCAUAUGAUGAAUGGAUUGGUUCAUAAAUUAUAUAUCGCUUAAUUUUAGACUUUGAGAUUUUUCAGAGAUUUUAACAGUAAACAAUUAGAAUUUAAACAUAUGGGAUACGAAAAAAUAUCUAAAAUGACAUAAAAAUUGUUAUGAAUGGCGUUAAAGUGUCAUGUAUAAUAAUGCUAAUUUUUUUCUCAGGUAACUUUUCCUUUUAUGGACAUUUAACAUCGUGUAUACCUUUGGUGUAUACUAAUGUUUUGAAUGAAACAAAAUGUACCUUGUAGUAGAUGCGAAUGUGCUCUGUGAUAGCGGCUCAGUUACGGUCUAUAUUAAACGUUUUUAAAAUUUUCAUAUUAAUAUUUUAUUGUUUAGUUAAUUUUACUGACGUACACGUGACUGACGGCUGGUGGUUAUCAGGUUCUGUCCGUGUAUUCUAUAUGUUUACUAGGCAUAUAUCAUAGGAUUUAAUAACUUAUUGCCCUGCAGUGUUUAUACAUUUUGUAGAGACCAGUUAGACCUACUAUAAUAUUGUAAAAUCCUAAAAUUAAGAUAUUGGCGCUUAUCAAGUUAUUUUCCUGGGCCCUUCAAAUCCAAGUAAUCAAAAUAUAUCUAGAAUAUAACAAGAAGCAUGCAAAAGCGCAAGUGUGCAGUUGCUAUGGUAAUUUUUGUUAAAAUGUGUUAAUUUACUAUGCCGUUUAAAGCUUUGUAGCACCUGCGAACAUAACCUUUUUUAAUAUUUUUUCUUGUUAAAUGUAAAUUACUAAUAAUAAUAGCUCCCGUAUAUAGCGUUUAACGCCAUGGGAGUAGCAAGGUACAGCUUGCCAUACUAGAGCCGUUCGG